AGGGCUAUACUCUGUAGGUUUAUAAAGCAGCUUGCUUUUUCAACCUGCGUCUCUGAUCUCUUAUCACUCUCUCCCUCCCUCCCUCCCUCCCUCCCCUAACCUCGGCAAGCAGCUACAAUGGCGGUUACCUUCUCAGAUCUACACACAGAGCAAGGUGUUAAAUCCGUGGAGGAGCACCUCGCAGGGAAAACCUACAUCUCCGGAGAUCAAUUGUCUGUGGAUGAUGUGAAGGUAUACGCUGCCAUCGUGGAGAAACCGAGCGAUGCCUUCCCUAAUGCUAGCAAGUGGUACGAUUGCGUCGCGUCCCACCUUGCUAAAAGUUUCCCUGGUAAGGCCGUCGGAGUUUCAAUCGGUGGCUCUGCUGCUGCUGCUCCUGCUCAAGCUGAGGCACCUGCAGCUGAUGAUGAUGAUGACAUGGAUCUGUUUGGUGACGAGACCGAGGAGGAAAAGAAAGCUGCAGAGGAGAGGGAGUCUGCUAAGAAAGACACUAAGAAGCCGAAAGAGAGUGGAAAGUCAUCUGUGCUCAUGGAAGUCAAGCCAUGGGAUGACGAGACUGACAUGAAGAAACUGGAGGAGUGUGUCCGCGCCGUGGAGAUGCCUGGUCUUCUAUGGGGAGCUUCAAAACUGGUUCCAGUUGGUUACGGGAUCAAGAAGCUCACGAUCAUGCUCACAAUCGUUGAUGACCUCGUCUCCCCAGACAAUCUCAUCGAAGACUAUCUCACCUGUGAGCCUAACAACGAGUACAUCCAGAGUGUUGACAUCGUCGCAUUCAACAAGAUCUAGAGACUUUUAAGUUCUCUCCUUACCAAAAGAUACUUGAUUUCCUUCCAAGCUUUGUUCUUUUUGUGUUGUUCUGCUUGAGAUGUUUAUUUUCUUCGUUGCAAGAAACAUAAACUAUCAAUCCUUAUUAUUCGGUCCUUUACCGUGAAACAUUCUCUAAUA